ACGCCGCACGCCCCGGUGAAGGUGUGCGGAGUUUGGCUGCUCCGGAGUUAGCAGCUGAGCCUGCGCGAGUGGGCGGCAAGACGUUCCGCUUUGAAAUGCAGCGGGAUUUGGUGAGUUUCCCGCUGUCCCCAGCGGUGCGGGUGAAGCUGGUGUCUGCGGGGUUCCAGACUGCUGAGGAACUCCUAGAGGUGAAACCCUCCGAGCUUAGCAAAGAAGUUGGGAUAUCUAAAGCAGAAGCCUUAGAAACUCUGCAGAUUAUCAGAAGAGAAUGUCUCACAAAUAAACCAAGAUAUGCUGGUACAUCUGAGUCAGACAAGAAGUGUACAGCACUGGAACUUCUUGAGCAGGAGCAUACCCAGGGCUUCAUAAUUACCUUCUGUUCAGCACUAGAUGAUAUUCUUGGGGGUGGAGUGCCCUUAAUGAAAACAACAGAAAUUUGUGGUGCACCAGGUGUUGGAAAAACACAAUUAUGUAUGCAGUUGGCAGUAGAUGUGCAGAUACCAGAAUGUUUUGGAGGAGUGGCAGGUGAAGCAGUUUUUAUUGAUACAGAGGGAAGUUUUAUGGUUGAUAGAGUGGUAGACCUUGCUACUGCCUGCAUUCAGCACCUUCACCUUAUAGCAGAAAAACACAAGGGAGAGGAACACCGAAAAGCUUUGGAGGAUUUCACUCUUGAUAAUAUUCUUUCCCAUAUUUAUUAUUUUCGCUGUCGUGACUACACAGAGUUGCUGGCACAAGUUUAUCUUCUUCCGGAUUUCCUUUCAGAACACUCAAAGGUUCGACUAGUGAUAGUGGAUGGUAUUGCUUUUCCUUUUCGUCAUGACCUAGAUGACCUAUCUCUUCGUACUCGGUUAUUAAAUGGCCUAGCCCAGCAAAUGAUCAGCCUUGCAAAUAAUCACAGAUUAGCCGUAAUUUUAACCAAUCAGAUGACAACAAAGAUUGAUAAAAAUCAGGCCUUGCUUGUUCCUGCAUUAGGGGAAAGUUGGGGACAUGCUGCUACAAUACGGCUAAUCUUUCACUGGGACCGAAAGCAAAGGUUGGCAACAUUGUACAAGUCACCCAGCCAGAAGGAAUCCACAGUACUGUUUCAAAUCAAAGUCAGUAUUAUUUGA